GAUUGUUUGUAACAGUGAUGGGACAGUCAGUGCUUUUCUCUCACUCUGUGUGUGAGUCAUUGUUUGGCUGAGCAGCAGCAGUGUACUGGAAACCACAGAGAAGGACAACAACAAAACGAGAUGAUGGGGGUUGAAAGGCAGUGUGAGGUGGAGGUACUGAAACAGUCCCAAAACGAGUUACAGUGGGUCCAAAAACAGCUGUCAAUCAUCUCUAACAGAACCAAUGGACCAGGCAGGACCAAAGAUAAGAAACUGAGGAAUGAUGUGUUUCCGUCGCAUUUAUCUGAGUUGUCGCCUCAGCAUGUGGAAGCAUACCAACUGCUAGAGGACAGGAAACACAAACUCUCACCCGAGACUGCUGCCCUCUACCUGCUUCGACAACAGCACAAACUAUUGGAGACUGAGAUCAGCAGGAAGAGAAAGGAGUGUGAAGUCCUUGAGGAGGAGGUGAAGAAAAAGAGCCAGUCAUGUCAAACUCUGGAGAGUGAGCUUCAGCAUGUUCUGCAGGAGAAAGCACGUCUGAAUCUCCGCUUGUUCACUGAUACCCAGAAGGCAGCAAAGUAUGAGCAGGUGAAAAGUGAGUAUGAACAGCUGCAGGAGGCUCUGUACACUGUGACAGUGGAGAGAGAUUGUGCUCUGUUGGAGAGGACUGAGCUCCAAGGCAAACUGGAGAACCUAGAGCAGGUGCUGAAGCAUAUGCGAGAGGCUGCAGAGAGGAGGCAGCAGCUAGAAUUAGAGCAUGAACAAGCCUUGGCCGUCCUCAGUGCCAAGCAGCAGGAGAUUGACCUUCUGCAGAAGGCUCAGGUUGAGGCUAAGAAGGAACAUGAAGGUGCCGUCCAUCUGUUAGAGAAUCACUUGGACAGCAUGCAGCUGAGAAGUUUCCUUCGCACUAAGAACACAAUGCGAUUUUUGGCUAAAGUGAGAGAACUGGAGGAGAAAUGCCGGACGCAGAGUGAGCAGUUUAACCUGCUGUCAAAAGAGUUGGAGAAGUUCAGGUUGCAGGCUGGGAAGUUAGACAUCUUGAGCAGCAGUCAGCUGACAGGGAGCGACUCGCCCGGCUCACCCACCAAACCCCUCACCCUCUCCCAGCUCCUCAACGGCCUCACUGCCCCCUCCGGGAAAGGUAAUGAGGAUUCAAUGAGUAAGAUCUCAGAGCUCAUUCGGCCUCUGCAGAUGACUGAGGGGGAGAAGGUAGAGCUCCUGUCUGUCAAACCCACCUUCCUGUCACGCGGCACACCCUCCAGCCCACGGCGGGCCUUCCUCUCGGAGGUGCAGCCCGUCAUCGCCACUGCUAUGGACAAAGAGCUUGGCUCGUCCCCCAGGUCUAAGACCAGAUACACAGGCAAAGUGCGACUGUGUGUUGCCCGCUACAAUUAUAACCCUUACGAUGGCCCCAAUGAGCAUCCUGAAGCAGAGCUCCCCCUGGUGGCUGGGAAGUACCUGUAUGUUUAUGGGACCAUGGAUGAGGACGGCUUCUAUGAGGGUGAGUUGUUGGACGGACAGCAGGGUCUCGUUCCCUCCAACUUUGUGGACUUUGUCCAGGAUGAGGAACUCCCGUCGGUUCCUCUCUUGGACCGCAUCAAGGAAACGUCCUACCUCAACCACAGCCCCGCCUCCAUGCCCAGCAGUGCCGUGAGUACACUCAGCACGCUUCUCUCAGAGAAGCUGGACGCCCUGGGCUCGGGCACCGGGACGGGCACUAGCAGCAGCAGUGGGGUGAGCAGCUUGGGCAUGAGCAUGGGGCUGGGCAUGGACUAUCUGGGACCCUGCAGUAAUGGCACAGGCACGCUGGACGUGAACAUCGACGAGAUCGGAGAAGACAUCGUGCCUUACCCCCGCCGUAUUACCUUGAUCAAGCAGCUGGCCAAGAGCGUUAUCAUAAGCUGGGACCCUCCGGUGGUGCUGCCCGGGUGGAUGCCCAUCAGUGGCUACAAUGUGCUGGUGGAUCAGGAGGUACGCAUGAGCGUGCCCUUUGGCGGCCGCACCAAGUCUUUGAUCGAGAAGCUGAACCUGGCCUCUUGUACGCACCGCAUCUCCAUCCAGAGUGUAACGGAGCGGGGGCUCUCCGAUCCCCUGCGCUGCACACUGCUGGUGGGGAAAGAUGUGGUGGUGGCGCCCUAUUACCUUCGUGUGGAGAACAUCACACAAGUAUCAGCUGAGCUCACCUGGAUGCCAAGCAACAGCAACUACAGCCACAUGAUCUUCCUAAAUGACGUGGAGUAUGAUGUUGUGAAGCCUGGAGGGUACAAGUACCACUUCUACAAUCUGAAGCCCAUGACGGUGUAUAAGAUACGGGUGAUGGCCCGGCCCCAUCAGAUGCCCUGGCAGCUACCCCUUGAGCAGAGGGAGAAGAAGGAGGUCUCAGUGGAGUUCUGCACUCAGCCAGCCGCUCGACAUGCGUUCUUGCAAAAACAAGAUGGUACUUCAAGACUGAAUUACUCCAGUGGUCCUCCUUUACCUCCUCAGGAUGUGCAGGUUCAGAUGGGACAGACACCUGGUGUCUUACAGAUCCGUUGGAAGCCUCCUCCCCUCACUCCUACCGGCACUUCCAAUGGAGCCAAUGUAAUCGGAUACAUAGUCUGCACUAAAGGUCAAAAGAUAGCAGAGAUAAUGUACCCCACAGCAGAUUUCGUUACGGUGGAACUGAACCGUAUCCAGUGUCUGGAAGCGCGUGAGGUCGUUGUGAGGACAAUAUCAGCACAAGGAGAGUCGCAGGACUCUCCCGUGGCUGCCAUUCCCCACAGCCUCCUGGUGCAUCACUCCCAUGGACACCCACCUCAGCCACCUCCCUACCCACAAGCCUACCCCCCAAGCCAUCCACAACCGCACGUCCAGCCCCACUCCGUCCCGCCAUCCCACCCUCAUCCACCACCCUCGCACCCACACAUCCACCCUUCUCCCUCCCCAUACCCAUUGUCUAAACCCAAACUCCUACCAAGUGCCAGAGACCCCCAUGCCAAAGAGCCAGAGAUGGGCAGGCAAAUGGGGCAGCCCUGGGAGCCGCAUCCCCGGGCUCCAUCACCCCUACCGCCCCCUUCUCACUCGGGACACACGCUGGAGCCCCCUCACGCAGAGGGCCGACGCUCACCCUCCCCUCAGAGGAUCUUGCCUCAACCUCAGGGAGUGCCCAUUCCCAACACAGUGGCUCGUGCUAUGGCCCGCCAGGUGGCGCAGAGGAGCGCCCCGAACAGCAGGGUGGAGAGGAGGAACAUCUUUAGCGAGAGAGGUAAUGCUCUGCAUUCAUUAAACUCAGACGAGGAGGAGGACGGGUACGAUUCCCCUCACGCCAGGCGAAGAGGAGCUUCUGUGGACGAGUUUCUCAGAGGUUCUGAGCUGGGUAGACAACAUCAUCAAUAUAGCCAAAGUGAGGAGUACUACACCGAGAGCAGUCGGGGCUCCGAUCUGUCUGACAUCAUGGAGGAGGAUGAGGAGGAGCUGUACUCGGAGAUGCAGCUGGAAGAAGGGCGCCGGCGCAGCAUCAACUCACACAACACAUUAAAGGCAUAUUACAAGAGACAAGACCUAGCGGUGGACCGUGACAGUUGGGACCUGCAGCGGGAGGUGGUACGACAGCGCUCCUUGUGCUCACACAAGCGGCUCCACAGCAUCCCGGAAGUUGCCGAGGAGGAACCGGACACCGGGGUGGAGGUCAUGGGCCAGCGUCUGCGUUUCGAGGAAGCCCGUCCAGGCACACCUUGCAGGAGCCCACGGCCCUACCACCGGGAUUCACGGCAGCCGAACCACCUCUCCCCUAGCAAGAGCAUCCGCAGGCUGCAGAGGCAGCGCUCCUCUCCGCGCUACAGCUCCAUAGACGAGCGGCCACCGUGCUGGAGCAGCAGCAGUAGCAGGCAGACCACGAAGAGCCCGGACAGUGGACUAGACUGUGGGAGUGAGGAGGAGGGCUCUCUUGGCUACCGUGGAAGCUACCACUCGUACACGGGGGGCAGCCCGCUGCGGGUGGGUUCUGGCCCCAACAUGCGGGUGAUCCACAGCGAGGGACCUGUGGAGAGACGUGCUCUGGCUGCUGGCAGGAAAAGGACACUGACCCGGCAGUGCAGCGUGGAGGAGGAUAUCCUGGAUUCCAUUCCAGAAACGAGGAGCAUGCGGGAGUCAUACCACCAUUACCACUAUCAACCGCACCAUCACCGUCCCCGACGCAGGUUCCAGAGCGAGGGCAGGCUGAGCGAGGUUGGCAGGACCUAUCACAGGGACAUUAGGGCCUACUCUGUGGCCAGACUCAACAGGGCAAUGGAUGAACCCCUGAUUUUAGGGAGCUCUCCCUCAACGGGACGCUCAGAUCGACUGGACCAUUCCGGCCAUAGGACGAGUCACGGCUGUCCGCCUGCUCAGAGAAGGCCAAUGACAGUCCCUUCCAUUGAGAUCACCGUGGAGAAUAACAGUGAGGGGAGUGAAGGGAACCUCUCACAUAUCAAGGACGAUGUUUACUAUACCAAUGUAGCCCACCGCAGGAAAUGGGCCCCACAGCGAACAGAGCACCGAUAUGAUGGUUAUGGAGGACGAGACGGGCGGUCUCCGGACUACUAUGAGUCCGAGCCAGAGGACUUGUCCCGAAUCUUUGUGGCCAUGUUUGACUACGACCCCUUGUCAAUGUCUCCGAACCCCGAUGCUGCUGUAGAGGAGCUUCCCUUCAAGGAGGGCCAGAUCAUAAAGGUGUUUGGAGAGAAGGACACAGAUGGCUUCUAUAGGGCAGAGAUCUGUGGCCGCAGGGGGCUCAUUCCCUGUAACAUGGUCUCAGAGAUCCAGACGGAUGAUGAUGAAAUGAUGGACCAGCUGCUCAAACAGGGCUUUCUUCCUCUCAACACACCCAUUGAGAAAAUAGUAAACUGUAAUAGGUUCAAAGAUGGCCGUUCAGUUAAUCGCAGGUCCAGGAAAUCCAAGAGAGAGAGGAACAAAAGGAGUGGAAGGCAGCACCCGGUGCCGACGCGGAGGAUGGUGGCCCUGUAUGACUAUGACCCCAGAGAGAGCUCUCCUAACGUGGAUGUGGAGGCCCACUAUGAGGGCAGCUUGCAGAGUGAGGAGGCCGAGCUGACGUUUUGUGCCGGUGAUGUGAUCACAGUGUUUGGAGAGAUCGAUGAGGAUGGCUUUUAUUACGGGGAGCUCAAUGGACACAAGGGUCUGGUCCCCUCCAACUUUCUUGAAGAAGUGCCUGAUGACGUGGAGGUUUACCUCACCAAGACACCGAGCCGUCACCCCCAGGACCACCCGUCCCGGGCAAAGAACAAAAGGGUUCCCGUGGAAAAAGCGGGCCCUCCCAGAAGAAGUGCCACCCCCACAGUGCGCCCACACAUCCCGGGGUCCGGCCCCACAGCCCAGGGGCCCGGCAGUCCCAUCCGGCGCCCCCGAGCUGACUCUAAGAAAACAGGACUGCUCUCCAAAGGAAAGAAUCUAUUGAAAAGGCUCGGUGCUUUCAAAUAGUUUCACAUAACUUUCUUCACAGCAGCCGGGUUAAGGAGGUUGGAACUGAGGAGAAUUUACCUUAGAAGGUGGGAAAAAAAAUUCUCCCGUCUUCUGUUACUGGAAUCACAUGGCCAUGGAAAAGAGAGAGGGAAAUUGUGAAAACUAGGGCUUUCAUGACCACAACUUCAGCUUUAUGCCUUUGAAACCGUACGUAAUAAGUUCUGUUUGCCCAGCUUUGAUUCUUAAAAGCACAGAAAUACUCACUAAUGGGAGUGACUAAGAUACGGUAGAAGGGAUGUUCUUGGAUAAUAAAAUAAAAUCUAUAUUUAUUCAAUUUAAUUUUAAUUUUCACUUUGUUUAAUUUAAGUGGAUAUUCAAUGUAAUAAACCAUAUAUUUGUCACAAUUUUCAUUUAGACCUGCUGUUCUCAGAGAAUAACCUAAUAACCUAGCACAAAGUAUUAGGAGUUUAGCACAAAUAUGAAAUGUAGGUUUUGCCAUUACUAGAAAUGACUUAAAUUUCUACAAAUACCACAGUGUUUUCUGCCACAUUUGACUUUUGUUUUUUUAAGCACUGACAGGUCAUGAAACUCCUAGUGGAUGUGAGCCUCCUCAUAUUUGCCUUAUUCAAUGCACAAGGGUUUGUGUUGUGUCCAGUCAGUUGGGUGAGAUUUGUCUGUGUCGUGCAGUCAUGUCGAUGCUUUCCUUCUCAUGAAAAAACAGUAUUUCAAAAUCUGUGUGACCAAGUGUUGUGUUGUUUUUUUUGCAAUGGGUGUCAAAGGUAAGGAAGGGGGAUUCUAACUUUGUUUAAACACCUUGG